CUCUUGUCUUGUAGCUACAAACAGCACGUUGAUUUGGACACUUCCGGGUAAAAGAGCUUUAAAAAUGCUUGAAACCCCGCGAAUGACCGCUCUAAUCUUCAAAGCUGUAUGCCGCAUGGUUAAGUAGCGGUUGAGAGGAAUGGCUUUUUUUCGUCAGCUUGUCCUCCUGCUGUGGAAGAACAUCACCUUCCGCAGGAGAAACAAGAUUCAACUGAUCAUCGAGAUCAUCUGGCCCCUCUUUCUCUUUGUCAUCCUCGUUGCUGUUCGUGAUUCAAAUCGUCCUUACAAACAGGGACAGUGUCACUUUCCAAACAAAGCUUUGCCGUCAGCAGGCACCUUGCCCUGGAUUCAAGGUAUGAUCUGCAACAUCCACAAUCCCUGCUUGAGCCAACUGACGCCAGGAGAGACUCCAGGUCAAGCUGGCAACUUUGACAAAGCCAUAAUUUCUCGUGUCUUGGUGGACGCACAGACGUUAUUGUCUCGGGUUGCAAAGCAGAGAUCGUCAAGCCUGCAGGAUCUGACAAAAAGCAUCCAGAGCCUGGCAAAAGAACCUGGAUUCUGGCCAAAUCACCGACUAAAAGACUACCUGAGAGCCAACGAGACAUUUUCCACCUAUUUGCUCAACAACUCCGGUCUCUCUUCAGCGACUGUUGAACAGCUGCUAAAGGCUCGCCUCAAUUUUCGGGCUUCUCGAGUAGGACAGCAGCUGAAGCUUCAGGACUUGUUGUGCGAUAUAAAUGCAUUGAGAGAGUUUCUGACUGUGGAUGAAGGGGAUGAAGCUCUGUCUGACCUGCAAAAACAGCUGUGUGACCUGCCUGCUGACGUCAUUAGCAAGGCUGAGCGACUUUUUCUCUCUCAGCUGGACCCUGAGAAGUUGUUCACGGUUGACUUUCUUCGGGCCAAUAUGGUGGACUUGAUGAACAUCAACAAAGCCAUUGGCUCUUUAGCCCAGGAUCUUAGUGUCAUCAUGGAUAGUUUAUCCAGCUUCACAGACAUGAGGCAGGAGCUGCGCUUUGUCUUUCUGGAGAAUCAGACAGUUCUACCCGGGCGCAGUUUCCAGGCGUUCUCAAAUAUAAUGUGUGGCUACAACGUUAUUGGCGGUGCUUCCAUCCCUUCACUCAACUGGUAUGAAGACGACAGCGUCAAGUCGUUCUUGGGAAAAAACGACCCAGAAGACAAGAACCUUCAUCAUGAUUUCAAAGAACCUUUUUGUCGAAACUUGAUUCAAACUCUGGAGUCCAAUCCUCUGUCAAGCAUUGUAUGGCGAGGAAUGAAACCUCUUUUAGUUGGAAAACUCCUGUACACACCUGACACACCUGCAGUUCAACAAGUUAUGAAAAAGGUGAACCAGACUUUUCAGGACCUCCAAAUCUUCCAGGAUCUUAACGAAGCUUGGUUGGAGCUGGGACCCGAAAUUAAGAAAUUUAUGGAGACUAGUAUGGAAAUUCAGAUACUGCAGAGUUUGCUUGAGAGUCCAGAUUUUGCUAGAAUGGUCAACCUGCUACUGCGGAACACGACCUGGACAGCCUCAUGGAUUGCACAUUUCCUAUCCAAGACCGUACCAGAUGCGCCACGGAAUCCAGGAGAACCUCCCACCUGGUUGGAAACCUACAACGAUGUCGAUUAUGCCAUCGCCGCACUUGCACGAGUCACUCAGUGUUUUUCCGGCAACAAGCUGAAGGGGUUGAAGAAUGAAGAUCAGCUGAUCAACAAGGCUCUGGAGCUCCUUGAGGACAGAAAGUUUUGGGCAGGUGUGGUGUUUCUGCUUCCUAACACUUCUUCUGAGCUGCCGCCGCACGUCAAGUACAAGAUCAGAAUGGAUAUCGAUGAGGUUACCCGUACUAAUAAGAUCAAAGACAGGUUUUGGGAUCCCGGCCCAGCAGCUGACGCCAUUAAUGACAUGCGCUACAUUUGGGGUGGAUUUGUGUAUGUUCAGGACCUGGUAGAGAAAGCACUGACUGGAGUAAAACAUAAGAUUGGCAUCUACGUUCAGCAGAUGCCUUACCCAUGCUAUGUGGAUGAUGUGUUCCUCCGAGUGUUGAACCGCUCUCUUCCGCUCUUCAUGACACUGGCCUGGAUUUAUUCAGUGGCAAUGAUCAUCAAAUGUGUGGUGUAUGAGAAGGACGCUAGGCUGAAAGAAACCAUGAGAAUUAUGGGUCUGAAUACAGGAACAUUGUGGCUCGGCUGGUUCAUCAGCAGCCUCGUACCUUUUCUGUUCUCUGCUGCACUCCUUAUUGCAAUACUAAAGUGGGGCGAUAUCUUGCCAUACAGCAACCCGGCUGUCGUGUUUUUUUUCCUGUCUGCAUUUGCCACUGCCACUAUCAUGCAGUGUUUGUUCAUCAGUACAAUCUUCUCCAAAGCCAACCUGGCCGCCGCAUGUGGAGGACUCAUAUACUUCAGCCUCUACCUUCCCUACGUACUGUGCGUGGCCUGGAGAGACCUCCUUAACACAACCCACAAAGUCUUUGCUAGUUUUUUGUCUCCUGUGGCCUUUGGGUUUGGCUGUGAGUAUUUCUCUCAAUACGAAGAGCAAGGCAUCGGCAUCCAGUGGCACAAUUUAUGGUCCAGUCCUGUGAAAGGGGACUCAUACAACUUCAGCACGGCGAUAGUUAUGCUUUAUGUGGAUGCCUUCAUCUACAUUAUCGCAGCCUGGUACAUCGAUGCCGUGUUUCCCGGUGAAUAUGGCAUCCCCCGACCGUGGCACUUUCCUUUUCAUUUGAAUUACUGGAGUGGAAUACCCCUGGAGGCCGGCAUGCCAAUCCCACCUGCCCCUCCUGAGCAAGGGGAAGAUCGCAUUGAACCAGAGCCUAGUAACCUGGUCCUUGGCGUAAACAUAACAAACCUGGUGAAAAUCUAUGAGAAAGGAGGCAAGUUGGCUGUCAACCACCUCAACCUGAAGUUCUAUGAAGGGCAGAUCACCUCGUUUCUGGGCCACAAUGGAGCAGGCAAAACUACUACCAUAUCUGUUCUGACCGGUUUGUUCCCACCUACCUCGGGGACCGUGUACAUCAACGGGUUGGACAUCCGCUACGACAUGGACAUCAUCCGAAGGACCCUAGGCGUGUGUCCGCAACACAAUAUCCUGUUUGACACUUUAACAGUGGAGGAGCAUGUGUGGUUUUAUGGACGUCUAAAAGGUUUGUCUGAAGAAGAGGUGAAAGCAGAGAUGGACCCUUUACUCGAUGAUGUUGGUCUGCUGCACAAAAGACAUGAACAGACCAAAAACCUCUCUGGUGGCAUGCAGAGGAAGCUGUCUGUGGCAAUUGCAUUUGUUGGAGGCUCCAAAGUGGUUGUUUUGGAUGAACCUACAGCAGGGGUUGACCCAUACGCCCGCAGAGGUAUCUGGGACCUGCUGCUCAAAUAUCGCAAAGACCGAACCAUCAUCCUGUCCACUCACUACAUGGAUGAGGCGGAGCUACUUGGUGAUCGAAUAGCUAUCAUCUCGCAUGGAAAGCUAUGCUGCUGUGGCUCGCCCCUCUUUCUAAAAUCUAAACUGGGAUCAGGCUACUAUCUGACCCUGGUCAAGAAGGAACAACUGAACCCCAGCACACCCACCCAGGGGCGUCGAGGUGGGGGGGACAGCAUGUCCAUUAGUGGAGACACCGAGCUGCUGAGUGACGGCAACACCGCAUUUGGGGCUGCACUGCUCUCUUUGGCGCGGCACCACAUUCCUGGUGCAAUGCUGGUGAAUGAAUCAGGUCGUGAGGCAGUGGUGAAAAUACCCCAGGAAGCUGCCAAGGACAGCAGCUUGGCUGUCUUCCUGACUGAACUGGAUCAGAAGCUGGGUGAACUUGGAAUCCUCAGCUACGGCUUGUGUGACAGCACGUUGGAGGAAAUCUUUCUUCGAGUGGCAGAGGAAUCUGAUAUUGAUGCUGAACCAGAGCUUGAUGCCAGUCCUUCUCAGCGGUCACAACCAUCAGAGCCGUGGCAACAUUUUGAAGUAUCAGAGACAGGAAGGAAAAAGCUUCGUAGGCAAGACCCACUGGAGACGGACAUGCUAAGAGGAGAUGGCCAAGGUGGAUUACCCCUGACAGGAUGGUGGCUGAUCUGGCAGCAGCUAAGAGCUCUCUUUAUCAAACGAUGGCUGUAUGCUCGCAGGAGUCGCCGGGGCUUCUUUGCUCAGAUUGUCCUGCCUGCUGUGUUUGUACUGGUUGCUCUGCUCGCCAGUCUCAUUGUGCCGCCAUUUGGGAAGUACCCUGCCCUGAAGCUCGAGCCCUGGAUGUAUGGAGAACAGUACACUUUCUUCAGCAAUGAUGCUCCUGAAAAUCCAGCUUUGGAGAACCUGCUGGAAGCUCUGCUCGACAAGCCAGGUUUUGGAACCAAGUGUAUGGUGGACGAAGACAAUAACAUGACACUUGAGUGUGACAGCCAGCAGGGACGUUUGUUCAUACGGCCUCAGGUGUCCUACUCCAUUCUGCAAAUGUUCAAUAGAGGCAACUGGACCAAAAAGAGGACUCCUGACUGUCAAUGCAGCACAGACGUUGUCAGACGGAUGCUCCCUGAAUGUCCGCAGGGGGCCGGUGGACUUCCGCCACCACAGAUCAAGAGGCAGACUGGUGACAUCCUCCAAAAUCUGACAAGUUAUAACAUCUCAGAUUACCUGGUGAAGACCUACCCACAGAUCCUUAAGAAAAGCCUGAAGACCAAAAAAUGGGUGAAUGAAUUUAGGUAUGGAGGUUUCUCCCUGGGAGGCAAUACCAUCAAGACUUCACCUCAGGAACUCUCUGUCCAAGAUUCCAUUAGGAAAAUCAGAACGCGCUACCCUGUUCCAUUGGACGAGCGAUUGAAUGGCGCAUUGGACAAAUUCUUAGACAAGCUACCUGGUUUUGUGGAACGACUUAACACUGAAAGCAAUGUCAAGGUGUGGUUCAAUAACAAAGGUUGGCAUGCGAUGGUGUCAUUUGUUAAUGUGAUGAACAACGGCAUUCUCCGAGCCGGCCUGCCACCUGAUCAACAGAAACAAAAAUAUGGCAUCACUGCUUACAAUCAUCCAUUAAACCUCACCAAAGCGCAGCUUACCCAAAUUGUCAUCAAGACGACAUCAGUGGACGUUCUGAUUUCUGUCUGCGUGAUGUUUGCCAUGUCCUUUGUGCCAGCCAGCUUUGUCCUUUUCCUGAUUGAGGAGCGAGCCAGUAAAGCCAAACACCUCCAGUUUGUCAGUGGUGUCAAACCAUUCCUCUACUGGGUGGCAAACUUUUCCUGGGACUUGCUGAACUACACUGUCCCAGCCAUCAUGGUGGUGGUGAUAUUCAUCUGUUUCCAGCAACAGGCUUACGUCUCAGCAACCAACCUGCCAGCUCUUGUCCUGCUCCUCCUCUUCUAUGGGUGGUCCAUCACUCCUUUGAUGUACCCAGCAUCCUUUGUGUUCAGCGUUCCCAGCACGGCCUACGUUGUCUUGACUUGCAUCAACCUCUUCAUCGGAAUCAACGGCAGCAUUGCAACGUUUGUCUUGGAAUUGUUUAACGAUGAGUAUUUUAAGGAGGUGAACAUUAUCCUGAAGAAGGUGUUUCUCAUCUUCCCUCAUUUCUGCUUGGGACGAGGACUCAUCGACAUGGCAAAGAAUCAAGCCAUGGCCGACAUCUUUCAGAGACUAGGCACUAAGCAGACCCCGGAUCCUUUCCAGUGGGACUUUGUCGGGAAAAACCUCUUUGCUAUGGCAGUUGAGGGCAUUGUUUUUUUUAUCUUCACCAUAUUGUUGCAGUACGCAGUCCACAGGCGCUGCAGACCAUGGUGGGUUGGGUCUGAGAUCCCUCCUCUCAGCCCAGAAGAUGAGGACGUGGCCAAGGAGAGAGAGCGGGUUAAAAGUGGCAAAGCUAAAACUGACAUCCUGACCAUGAUGGACUUGAGCAAAGUGUAUAAAACUGGCAGGAAGCCAGCAGUGAAUCGUCUCUGUCUGGGGAUUCCUCGUGGUGAGUGUUUUGGCCUCCUUGGGGUCAAUGGAGCAGGAAAGACAACUACAUUUCGCAUGCUGACAGGAGACACACCCGUCACUUCUGGAAUGGCUUUCCUCGACCACCACAGUAUCCUGACAGAAAUAGAGAGAGUUCACCAGCUGAUGGGCUACUGCCCGCAGUUUGAUGCCAUCAGCCACCUGCUGACUGGCAGGGAACAUUUGGAGCUGUUCGCCCGUCUUCGAGGGGUGCCUGAAAGGUCUGUCACCAAGGUGGCUCAAUGGGGCGUGAAGAAGCUGGGAUUGAGCCAGUAUGCUGAACAAGAAGCUGGACGCUACAGUGGAGGCAACAAGAGAAAGCUUUCCACUGCCAUUGCCCUCAUCGGAGCUCCACCAGUCUUAUUUCUGGAUGAGCCCACUACUGGCAUGGAUCCUAAAGCUAAAAGGUUCCUGUGGAACUGCAUCCUCAGCAUCACCAAAGAGGGAAGGGCUGUAGUUCUGACCUCCCACAGUAUGGAGGAAUGUGAGGCUCUCUGCACCAGAAUGGCCAUCAUGGUCAACGGCAGGUUCCAGUGUCUUGGAUCAGUGCAACACUUGAAAAACAGGUUUGGUGACGGCUACACCAUCAUCCUUCGUCUGAGAGACAGUCAAUCCAAUCCAGGCUCAUGCCCCGUCAUCAACUACAUGAAGCACUCCUUCCCUGUCAUCGAGCUGAGGGAGCAACACCACAACAUCCUGCAGUACCAGCUGCCCUCACACGCCUGCUGCCUGGCUCGACUGUUUGGUGUGCUGGCCAACAACUAUGAGGAGCUGGGUAUUAGCGACUUCUCUGUUUCCCAAACCACCCUGGACCAGGUCUUUGUCAACUUUGCAAAGGCGCAGACUGACGACGACCUGCUCAUGGAGGUGACCAGCAGUAACGGAGAAGAUCUCACCAACCCGACCGCCCCAAACACUCACAAUAACCCUCGCACCGUCCAAACCCCACCUUCAAUCCCACUGCAGCCAAUGACAUUCUCCCCUGACAAAGAAAAAGGGGAGAAAGUGGAAACAUCCAAAGUCCUAAGCGAUGAAAGCAGCCAAUGCUCAAGUGGUAGCGAUGAUGAUGAUGAUGGUGGUGGCGGCACUCAAGGAGUGGUGAGUCACAGAGAUCCUUCUGCUCUCUUUAUAGUUGGCACCAGCACAGUGGAGACCCCACUGUGACACAGUCCCAAUUCAACUACUAGCUCUAUGUUCUAUAUAUCAAUGUUCAGUUGGAAGGUAAAGAGGACUUAUGAUGAACGUCAUCUUUUCUUACUUGUAAAUGUUACAACGUUGGAUAUGCGUGUAAUGAAAUGAUACGGUUCAUGCAUUUUGGCGUGAGCUUUCACGCAGUUUUGGAUGCCUCUUUAAGCAGGGUUUUGCAGACUGGCUACGUUGUGACGUCACUUUAAGGUGGAAGCACCUAUUUAGACAUUACCGGUAAGUCAAGCAAUCAGCCAGAGUAUUCAUCCAGGCAGUGGUUGUCAUGUCAACGCGUGUCACCAUGGUGAUUUAGUGUGUGUAUGCAGCUUCUUCUCCCUGGCUGGAUAUGAAUAAUAAUCAGUAUAUAUAAUAAUCACUUAUUAUUUAUUUAUAUAUAUAUAUAUAUAUAUAUAUAUAUAUA